GGAUCCUCCAUCCCAGCCCCCUCCCUGGCGGCGUGAGGAGGAGGAGGAGGGUCGGCUGCAGCGCCUCCCCCCUUCCCCGCCUCCCUCCUCGCCGAGCGCAGCGCCCCGAGCAUGGAGCCUGCCUGAGACGCUCCGUGCGCUCGGCAGCUGCUGCGGCGGCACAACAUGGAGGCGGCGGCGGCCGCGCCGCUCCCGCUGCUGCUGCUGCUGCGGCUCCUCGCCGCCUCGGUGCUGCGCUGCGAGCCGGGCUCGGCCGGGGCGUCUCCCUUUCUGCUGUUUGCCAACCGGCGGGAUGUGCGGCUGGUGGAUGCUGGAGGCACGAAGCUGGAGUCCACGGUGGUGGUCAGUGGUUUAGAGGAUGCUGCUGCGGUCGACUUCCAGUACUCACAAGGCAUCGUUUUCUGGACAGAUGUGAGUGAAGAAGCCAUCAAGCAAACUUACAUUAACCAAACUGGGAAUGUGGUGCAGAAUGUCAUCAUUUCUGGUCUGGUUUCCCCGGACGGCCUGGCGUGUGAUUGGAUUGGGAAAAAACUUUACUGGACGGAUUCAGAAACCAAUAGGAUAGAAGUAGCUAAUCUCAAUGGAACAUCUAGAAAAGUCCUCUUCUGGCAAGAUCUUGAUCAGCCCAGGGCAAUAGCUUUGGAUCCGGCUCAUGGAUACAUGUACUGGACUGACUGGGGUGAAACCCCCCGAAUAGAACGGGCAGGAAUGGACAGCAGCAUGCGGAAGAUAAUUGUUGAUUCUGACAUUUACUGGCCAAAUGGACUCACAAUAGAUCUCGACGAACAGAAACUUUACUGGGCUGAUGCAAAACUGAGUUUCAUUCAUAGGGCAAAUCUGGAUGGUUCCUUUAGGCAAAAGGUUGUUGAAGGUAGCCUUACUCAUCCCUUUGCCCUGACGCUGUCUGGGGACACGCUGUACUGGACGGACUGGCAGACACGCUCCAUCCACGCCUGCAACAAAAGGACGGGAGAGAAGAGGAGGGAGAUCCUGUCUGCCCUCUACUCGCCUAUGGACAUCCAGGUCCUGAGCCCUGACCGGCAGCCCUACUUUCACACUCCAUGUGAAGAAAACAACGGUGGUUGCUCCCAUCUUUGCCUGCUGUCUCCAAGGGACCCCUUCUACAGCUGUGCCUGUCCCACUGGUGUGCAGCUGGAAGACGAUGGCAGGACGUGCAAAGCAGGUGCUGAGGAAGUCCUGCUGCUCGCCAGAAGAACUGACUUGAGGAGGAUUUCCCUGGACAUGCCGGAUUUCACUGACAUUAUUCUGCAGAUAGACAACAUCAGACACGCGAUCGCCAUCGACUAUGACCCUGUGGAAGGCUACAUCUACUGGACUGAUGAUGAUGUCCGGGCCAUUCGUCGGGCCUAUCUCGAUGGCACUGGAGCCCAGACUCUGGUGACCACGGAGAUCAACCAUCCAGAUGGGAUUGCUGUGGACUGGGUGGCCAGGAACCUCUACUGGACUGACACUGGCACAGACCGCAUCGAAGUGACGCGGCUGAACGGGACGUCGAGGAAGAUUCUUAUCUCAGAAAACCUAGAUGAACCUCGAGCCAUAGUGCUCAAUCCUGUAAUGGGUUACAUGUAUUGGACAGACUGGGGUGAAAGUCCAAAGAUAGAAUGUGCUUAUUUGGAUGGCUCAGAAAGGCGAGUUCUGGUGAAUACUUCUCUUGGGUGGCCUAAUGGCUUGGCACUGGAUCUUGAGAAAAACAAGCUUUACUGGGGAGAUGCAAAAACAGAUAAAAUAGAGGUCAUAAACGUUGAUGGAACAAUGAGGAAAACCCUCUUAGAAGACAAGCUUCCACACAUAUUUGGGUUCACACUGCUGGGAGACUACAUCUACUGGACUGACUGGCAGAGACGAAGCAUCGAAAGAGUGCACAAGAUAAAGGCCAGCAGAGACAUCAUUAUUGAUCAGCUGCCAGAUUUAAUGGGCCUUAAGGCAACGAGUGUCACCAAGGCAUUUGGAACUAAUUCAUGCGCAGAGAACAAUGGAGGCUGCAGCCAUCUGUGUUUCUUUACACCCCAGGAGGCCAGGUGUGCCUGUCCCAUCGGCCUUGAGCUGUUGAGUGACAUGAAGACUUGCAUCAUUCCUGAAGCCUUCUUAGUUUUCACAAGCAGAGCAGCAAUUCAUAGGAUUUCCCUUGAAACCAAUAAUAAUGAUGUUGCUAUUCCUCUUACUGGAGUCAAGGAAGCAUCUGCUCUGGAUUUUGAUGUCUCUGAUAACAGAAUCUAUUGGACUGAUGUUAGUUUGAAGACCAUAAGUCGAGCUUUCAUGAAUGGGAGCUCUGUUGAGCAUGUGAUUGAGUUUGGGCUAGAUUAUCCUGAGGGAAUGGCUGUGGACUGGAUGGGCAAGAACCUCUACUGGGCAGACACUGGAACCAAUCGCAUCGAAGUCGCCCGCCUGGAUGGACAGUACAGGCAGGUCCUUGUGUGGAAGGACUUGGACAACCCAAGGUCUCUGGCUCUUGAUCCCACCAAAGGAUACAUGUACUGGACUGAGUGGGGAGGCAAACCCAGGAUUGUUCGAGCCUACAUGGAUGGGACAAACAGCAUCACUUUGGUGGACAAAGUGGGGCGUGCCAAUGACCUCACUAUUGAUUAUGUGGACCAAAGGCUCUACUGGACUGACUUAGACACAAGCAUGAUUGAGUCAUCAAAUAUGCUGGGACAAGAACGAGAAAUCAUAGCAGAUGAUCUACCUCAUCCAUUUGGAUUAACCCAGUACAGUGACUACAUCUACUGGACAGACUGGAAUCUUCACAGCAUAGAGAGAGCAGACAAGACCAGUGGGAAGAACAGGACCCUUAUUCAGGGCCAUCUGGAUUUUGUGAUGGACAUACUGGUCUUCCAUUCUUCUCGUCAGGACGGCUUGAAUGAUUGUGUGCAGAAUAAUGGCCAUUGUGGUCACUUGUGCCUUGCCAUCCCAAAUGGAUUUAGGUGUGGCUGUGCUGCUCAUUACACCUUGGAUCCCAACAGCAGGAACUGUAGUUCCCCAGCCAGUUUCCUGCUGUUUAGCCAGAAAUCUGCCAUCAGCAGGAUGAUACCUGAUGAUCAGCAAAGCCCAGAUAUCAUCCUACCCAUGCAUGGUCUGAGGAAUGUCAAGGCUAUUGAUUACGAUCCCUUAGAUAAAUUGAUCUACUGGGUGGAUGGACGCCAGAAUAUUAUAAAAAGAGCCAAAGAUGAUGGCACCCAGCCUUUCACUGUAAUGAGUACCCCAAACCAAAGUCAGAACCCGGAGAAGCAGCCCCACGACCUCAGCAUCGAUAUCUACAGCCACACCUUGUACUGGACCUGUGAGGCCACAAAUUCCGUCAACGUGCACCGGCUGAACGGGGAAUCCAUCGGGAUGGUGCUGCGGGGGGACCACGACAGGCCCAGAGCCAUCGUGGUGAACGCAGAGCGCGGGUACAUGUACUUCACCAACAUGCAGGAGAGAGCUCCCAAGAUUGAGCGUGCAGCCCUGGAUGGCACAGAGAGAGAAGUGCUUUUUACAACUGGCUUGAUCCGACCGGUAGCGCUGGUGGUUGACAACAAACUUGGAAAGCUUUUCUGGGUGGAUGCGGAUCUGAAGCGCAUCGAGAGCUGUGACCUGUCAGGUGCCAACCGUGUGACCCUGGAGGACUCCAACAUUCUUCAGCCCAUGGGACUCACUGUGCUGGGAAAUCACCUGUAUUGGAUUGAUCGUCAGCAGCAGAUGAUUGAGAGAGUGGAGAAAGUGAAUGGGUACAAAAGGACUAGAAUUCAAGGCAGGAUUGCUCACCUAACGGGCAUUCAUGCUGUGGAAGAGCUUGAUAUGGAAGAAUUCUCUGUGCAUCCAUGCUCCCGUGACAAUGGUGGGUGUUCGCACAUCUGCAUUGCCAAAGGGGAUGGAACUCCAAGAUGUUCAUGCCCUGAGCACCUUGUGCUUCUGCAGAAUCUCUUAACCUGUGGAGAACCUCCAACUUGUUCCCCAGACCAGUUUACCUGUGCAACUGGAGAGAUUGACUGCAUCCCAAUGGCAUGGAGGUGUGAUGGGUUUCCUGAAUGUGAUGACCAGAGUGAUGAAGACAGCUGCCCCAUAUGCUCUGCAUCCCAGUUCCAGUGUGAGAAGGGACAGUGCAUCGAUGCUCACUUGCGGUGUAAUGGAGAAAUUGACUGUCAAGAUAAAUCUGAUGAAGCAGAUUGUGAUACAAUUUGUCUGCCCAACCAGUUCCGAUGCGCGAGCGGGCAGUGCAUCCUCCUGAAGCAGCAGUGUGACUCCUUUCCGGACUGCAUCGACGGCUCUGACGAGCUCAUGUGUGAAAAAUCGAAGCCAGCCUCAGACGAGUCCCAGCCACACAGCAGUGCCAUUGGUCCUGUCAUUGGGAUAAUACUGUCCCUUUUUGUCAUGGGAGGAAUGUACUUCGUGUGCCAGCGCGUGGUGUGCCAGCGCUACGCUGGGCCCAACAGUCCCUUUCCACACGAGUAUGUCAGUGGUACCCCCCACGUCCCUCUCAAUUUCAUCGCUCCAGGAAGUUCUCAGCAUGGCACUUUUACUGGCAUCUCUUGUGGAAAGUCCAUGAUUAGCUCCAUGAGCCUCAUGGGAGGAAGCAGUGGUGCCCCAUUGUAUGACAGAAACCAUGUCACUGGAGCAUCUUCAAGCAGCUCAUCCAGCACUAAAGCCACUUUCUAUCCACAGAUUUUGAACCCUCCUCCUUCCCCUGCUACCGAUCGCUCCUUAUACAAUGCAGAGAUGUUUUAUUCCUCAAACAUUCCUUCAAACACAAGAUCUUACAGGCCGUACCUGAUACGAGGGAUAGCUCCACCCACAACCCCGUGCAGCACAGAUGUCUGUGACAGUGACUAUACCACGAGUCGAUGGAAGGCCAACAAAUACUAUAUAGAUUUAAAUUCAGACUCAGACCCUUAUCCCCCUCCACCCACACCUCGCAGUCAGUACAUGUCGGCAGAGGAAAGUUGCCCUCCAUCUCCUGCCACCGAACGAAGCUAUUUUCACCUCUACCCCCCUCCACCCUCUCCUUGUACAGACUCUUCAUGACCUCAACAGAAGGAACAUUUCCUGUAAAUAUUUUAAAAUAUGAACAGAUUUAAAAUAUAUAUUUUAUGAUUUAAAAAUAAAUCUGGGUGGGAAUUAAACAAAACUAAAUGUGAAUAAAAAUGGGUGGGAGGGGUGGGGCUGUGAAAAAUUGUACAGAGGAAGAAUAUUUAUAAAAUUGAUUUUUUUAACUUAAUUUCCAUUCUUUUGUGCCAUAUUUGCCUUUUUGAAGUCAUGUAACUGACUCAGUCUCCAAAAGAUUUGGGGAGGGAUUGUUGAAACUUUCUGCAUUUUUAAGUCACCUUUUUACAUGCAAAAAGUGUAUGUGGUUCUUUUUGUUAAUGUGAGACAAGAAAACUAAGUGGCUUGUGGGAGGGGGUCAUCUAAAGAAACAUGCAGGCUUAUUCCUAGAGAAAAAAAUCCAUUUAGAUACAAUUGUCAGUACCAUCCCUGCCUCACCACUGGAAGAAAAGGUGCAGGAUCACAACCCUUAGAUGCUGCUGUUUGCAAGUGAGCUGAAUGCUUCCCAGCAGAACUUCAAUGUCAAGACCUGAAUUUCAAACCUCCCUUUCCAUAAGCUUAGCAUUGAACUGAAAGAACACUUCUCUUGGCCAAACCUUCCAGGUUAACCAAACCCACAGGCAUCACGUCCUACCUCAUGGCAGUGGCACUCUGCUUAUGGCCAAUUCUGUAACUGAUCCAGGCUAAAUAAGAUCAGUCCUAAAAAACUUGGUUUAGGCCCAACCAGUUCCCCGCCUGACUGGGUGAAUGGUAGCAGAAGCAGUUGUACUGACCUGUGGGUGACAGCAAGGGUCAAGUUUGAAGUUGUAUUUAAGCUAAGAGAAAGGCCCAACAAACUGCAGAUUUGGUCAGACUCACCAUUUUAAUAGUGAUGCAACCAAGCUCCUUCAUCCUUCCUUGUGAAGCUUUGGUGACUGAGAAGAAGCUGUAAUAGUCAGCUGCUUCUUAAAACACAGUGCUAGUUUUUUCUCAGAGGUCCUGUAAUCACUGUGCCAGGUUUCUGAGGUGUUCACCCGUGUUGACUUGGUCAGAGAAUUGCUUCAUCUCUUAAUAUUCAUUUUCCAAAGUGGAACAAAAUGGUCACUUGUAUUCAAAUGAGGAAAGUUCUUUGGGUUUUAACUGGUGUUUGUAGAAAAAUGGUAUCCACAUAGCUCAAAUCAAAAAUCAGUUUAGUCAUAUCUCAUAAAAAUUUGCCACAUGAUUCAGAUUUAAAAAUAGGUAGAAAAAAGAACAGAAGAGGGAGAAAAGAAAAAUACUUCUUUUCUAUUAAUGUUGAUAUAAAAAUGAUUAACUCGUACAAACUGCUGUAACCUCAGGAAAUCAAGAUCAACAAAGUGCUUGUUCCCAUUCCUACAAAAAAAAAAAAUUUAGGGAAUGGGAGAGCUAGAAUCAGUCCCUUUCAAAUUCAGAAGACAAUUUUUUUGCUUUAAUUGCUCUUUUUCUGUAGCAAAAGGGAUUGGGUAUUGUAUGGCACUUUAUAAAUUCAGCACUGGUGAUGAUAAUGUGAGUGCCUGCUUGGGACAUCUGAGGGCAGUCCUGAAUAUGCAAACUUGCACCUGUUUCUGCAGCUGCUCAGUAACAGAUGUGCGGGGCCUUCAACAGCUUUAAUAUUGAUGGCAACAAUGAACAUUUUUUUCUUGUUUGAACUAAAAUUGUACUUGGCUCUGGGUCUUUUUAGCAAGUUAUUUGAGAGCACAUCAGAGGAACCCUACAACUCCAGGAGAGAGGUCUUUGUUGUGGUGGUGGAAGGGCUGGGACCACAGUGUUCUGAUCCACUUUGUGUUUUCAGACUUAUUAGUCCAGAUCUGUUCUUCCUGUCCUCAUAGUUCAAGGAUAGGAUUUGUGCUGUCACUGGUGUGUUACUAAAACUCCUAAAGUAGCUUUUGCUACCUUCAUGUCUAAAUUGGGUGAUCUAAGUACAUUUUUAUUUCAGUUGAACAUUCAUAGCGUCUUGCUGUUGAUAUUUGCUGAGGAAUUGGCUUCUCUGAGGCACUUGAAGUUUGGUGAUGGAAAUCAAAGCCCCAUGCUGCUCCAUAUUACUGACAUUAAAAGCCUUUUCCAAAAAAAGAUUUGUGUACAAAUUUAGCAUCUUAACAAUUAAAUACAAAUAUUAUUUUUGAUUGCUGUAGACUAUAUACUUUAAAAGGAUUACUGCACUCCAGGUGUUAAAAAAGACCAGGAAGAAAAUCUGAGCAACAGGAACUACUUCUUUACAGAAUAUCCCCACUGUGUUCUUAGUGGUUUCCAUCCUGUGAACUUGCAUGCUAAAACAUAGAAAAUUGGUCCUAUUUUCUUCUAGAUAAGGAUGAGAAGAGGACUUGCAGGGAAUUAGAGAUUGCAUAUGAGAAAUGCUGGCCGUUCAGGGAUGAAUAGGAAAUAUGUGGGGGAAAAUUGCCUUUUGGUGAGGCUUAAGCAUGGUUUUAAUAACUCAGAACUUCUCUGUGAGAAAGCUGACGGAAACAUUUUAAAAGUUCUACCCUAAUAACCUGCAGAGGGGUAGAUGUGAUUCAGCUAGUGUGUGAGCUUGUGAGUACUUGAAUCCCUGUUUUCAACCACUACUUUCCAAGCCCAUUGUGACUGCAUAUUAGCACUUGAAACAACUCAGGGUGUGACAAGGAAUGGUGUCUGGAGAGCAGCCAGUAAUGGGCAGAUGAUCUGGCAGAUUCUGUGUUAGAUGUAAAGGACAGAUGGCCCAGCAGAGAGCAGCUUACCUGUCCUGCAGUGCUGCCAUGAAAGCAGCCACUUGGGUCUUCCCUCCUGUAGAAUUUUCCCAUCUGCAGGGCAGGUGCAGCAGCAGUGUGAGGCUGUAAGGUAAAUGGACAAGUAAUCAUCUUUGACAGUCAAGGAUUCCUUCAUUUCAAGGAACAGUUCAUGCAAAUUAUAGCUUGACUUGAGCUAGAUUGGUCUAUAGCCACUGCACCUUUAAAUUUUAGUAAGUAGGGAUAGUGAAUGUGCUCUGGAUGAAUCUGAGGAGACUUCAUGAGCAUUAUCCCAGCUGCCUUACUUAGAUUUCUUACUCAGAUUUCUUCUGUCUGGACAGAUCACUAGAGAGCACCUAGGCUAAGAUUAAGCUAAAUCCAUAUGUAUGACAAAUAAUCAUUUCUUCAGGAUAGUGUUAUAGUACAAAAUGCUCUGUGUCUAAUUAUGCCAUUAUCAGCAUAUUCUAAAAAGGAAGGCAGAAACAAAUGGAAAACAAAAUUCUUCUGGAAUAAUGGAAUUGAUUUUCAGUAAUAAGCCUUCAUUGCUGCGGUUUGCAAAUAUACAGGCACUUCCCUAAAAGCUCUGAUUCUUUUCAAAGUAACAACAAAAUGAUCUGUUCUCUCAAUACCUGUUUUACAGACCUAGGAUGGGCUUCCUGGAAAUCCCCAGGCUUGUUUACCCUAGAUCUGUUUUCUACCUGAUAUCUAGAACGUCAUGUGCAAGGUCCAGGGCUCAUGAUGUUCUCACCAUUUUUAUGCCAACUGGUGCCUUUGGAUUCUGAGGAUUUUGACAUUCUGACGCUGUGUGCACAGCAGUGGAAAAGGAUUUGGAAGCAGGAGCACUCAAGUAAGAGGUGGUCACACUGGGCUGCUGUCACUUCUCUGUGGUCUGCAGGGUCAGAUCCCUUUGCUGGGGAGGGCUCUUGUGCUGCCCUUCCUCAGAGCCUCUCCAGCAUGUUGUGCUACUUCACAAGUGUGCUCAGUUAAACAUCACAAAAGUUGUGGUCCUGUUGGCCUCAAGCAUUUUUGGAAGCAGAUCUCUUCUGUCAUUUUGUUGGGGUUUAUGUUGAGUCAGUCCAAAUGAGUAACUGUGCUUACAAUUGUACUACAAAUUAUAUCCAUUAGUGUCGGGAAAUGAAAACAGAAGGCAGGCACAUUCCCAGUAAUUAAUACCAUGCACUCCAUGCCUGGCACAGAGCCUGCAUUGGAAGCAGCAUAUUUGCUGUUAAAGUGCUGAAGGACGUUUUAUAAAGGUCCAUGCUUGGACAGAGCUCGGACAAGCCACAGUCAAAGAUAACUGUUUACAGCUCAGUCAUUUGGUGGUUGUUGUGUGUUGUGACUAAAUUAUGAAUUAUAAGUUGUCCUUGUAAAUUUGCCUUGUCUAUAAGAGGUUCAUGGAAGGCUGAAUCCUGAAGUCUGCUGUUUCUGCUGCUGUUCCCUUAGAUACUGCAACACUUCCUGUUCAUUGUUGUGUAUAAGACUGCCUUUCUACAGAAGGUGUAAGUUUAGCUAUUUGCUACACAAUAAAACAAAUAUUUAAUAGGCAUAGAUAUUUUCAAUCCUGCUAGGUCUUCUACCUCUCCUUCCUAAGAACUUACUCUAGAUUUUCUAAAGGGUGAUUUUCUUUCAUUUGUUUAUUUUGAGGUUGGCCAGCUAUGUUGUGGGGCUUUUUCACAUUAAAUCAUACUCCCUGUAAGGGAAAAAAAAAAA